AUAAAGGAAAGCAAUGGCUGCUGACUUUUGACCUCUCAAUUUGUUCAAAGGACAGUUCUUUCAUAAAUAAAAACAAUUCAAUCAAAUUUUUGUUGAUUUGAAGAUUAUAAACAAUCGAGGUUUGAAGAAGCUCGUAUCCAGAACUCACAGUUGCGAAUGGCGUCACAAAUCGUAAGACGACUCGUUCGGGGCCGAGCCAGUGGAAUUUUCUCAUCUGCAAACCCUAGUUUCUUAGAUCGGAGCUUUUCUUCGGCGGCGUCCGAAUCCAAUUUGAUCCGCGCCACUCUCUUCCCUGGCGACGGCAUCGGACCUGAGAUCGCCGAAUCGGUCAAACAGGUAUUUAGAGUUGCUGAUGUGCCAAUUGAAUGGGAAGAACACUUUGUGGGGACAGAGAUAGAUCCUAGAACCCAGAGUUUCUUAACAUGGGAAAGUCUCGAAUCUGUGAGACAAAACAAAGUUGGUCUGAAAGGGCCUAUGGCCACACCAAUUGGAAAAGGUCAUCGCUCUCUUAACCUCACCUUGAGGAAGGAGCUCAAUCUAUACGCCAAUGUUAGACCUUGCUACAGUUUACCUGGAUACAAGACUAAAUAUGAUGAUGUUGAUCUCAUUACUAUCCGUGAGAAUACAGAAGGAGAAUACAGUGGACUUGAGCAUCAGGUGGUUAGAGGUGUUGUUGAAAGUCUGAAGAUUAUCACACGUUCAGCAAGUUUGAGAGUUGCUGAGUAUGCUUUUCACUAUGCCAAGGCCCAUGGCCGACAAAGAGUAUCCGCAAUACAUAAAGCCAAUAUCAUGCAGAAAACUGAUGGUCUUUUCCUUAAGUGUUGUCGAGAGGUUGCAGAGAAGUACCCGGAGAUAGUAUAUGAAGAAGUUGUGAUUGACAACUGUUGUAUGAUGCUCGUGAAAAAUCCAGCCCUAUUCGAUGUUCUCGUGAUGCCUAAUCUUUAUGGCGACAUUAUAAGUGAUCUUUGUGCUGGUUUGAUUGGUGGCUUAGGAUUAACUCCAAGCGUUAAUAUUGGUGAGGGAGGUAUUGCUCUUGCUGAGGCUGUACAUGGUUCUGCACCUGAUAUUGCUGGAAAGAAUUUGGCAAACCCAACUGCUUUGCUUCUGAGUGCGGUGUCUAUGUUGCGCCAUUUGGAUCUCCACGACAAAGCUGAUAGAAUCCAGGAUGCUGUGUUGAAGACAAUCGCAGAAGGGAAGUACAGAACAGGUGAUCUUGGUGGUAAAUCAACCACCACAGAGUUCACCAACGCAAUCUGCGACCACAUCUGAACCCUCGUUUAGAAAUCGUGUACAUUUUGAUUUUUUUUGCUGCAACAAUUCAACAUAAAUUUGUCGAGAUGUUUCUUCCAGCAUAUUUUUUAGACCAUCACAGCUAUAAAGCUUUGUGAAGCGUAUUGAGUCACUUCACAUAGGAAGGAUCUUUUUUUCCUCGAUGAUCCGAAUAAAAGACAUUGAUUGCCCUUUUUCUUGAUAUUUCUGGAUCGAUGCUUUUUUCGU